AUGAGCGUCGCGGACAACUUCACCGACUUCUACUCCGGCUCGUCGUUCGUAUUCCGGAUGGCGGUGGACGAGUACCACAGCGAACGCAACUGGACCGGCCUGAUCGACCGCUACUGGCUGAUCGUGGAGGAGCUGAUCGCCGAUCCCAGAGCGAAACAGCUGCCCUUCAUGGACAAUCCACUGCCGACGCUCGGAAUGAUCACCAUCUACCUCUUGUGGGUUCUCCUGAUCGGUCCGAUGUACAUGCGGGACCGGAAGCCGAUGGACUUGCGACGAGUGAUCAUCUUCUACAACCUGUUCCAGGUGCUCCUCAGUGGGUACAUGUUCUACGAGCACCUGAUGGCCGGUUGGUUGCGGGGCUACAGUUUCACGUGCCAAACAGUGGACUACUCCGACAGUCCUCUCUCACGAAGGAUGUUCAACCUCUGCUACGUGUACUACCUCUCGAAGCUGACCGAAUUCGCCGACACGGUGUUCUUUGUGCUGCGCAAAAAACAGUCGCAAAUUACCGACCUGCACGUCUACCAUCACUCGCUCACACCGAUGGAGGCGUGGAUCUUGACAAAAUUCAUUGCCGGUGGAAAUGCGACGCUCCCGAACGUGAUUAACAACUUUGUGCACGUGCUGAUGUACUUCUACUACAUGCUGUCAGCGAUGGGCCCGCGCUACCAGAAGUACCUUUGGUGGAAGAAGUACAUGACGGAGGUGCAAAUUAUACAAUUCAUCAUCUGCAUCGCGCACUGCAUCAAUGCCCUCGUGACCGGCUGCCCGUUCCCGCGCUUCAUCUCCACGCUGCUGCUCAUCAACGCCACCAUCUUCCUGGCGCUGUUCAUGAACUUCUACAUCGAAAGCUACAAGCGCAAGGGGAAGGCGUUACAGUCGGCCACGCCACUGACCGCCGCCGGUCACGCACCGACCACGAGCCUCCCGCCGGUGGAGGAGGAGGAGGUGGCAAAACAUUCGGGUGUGCAGGAGCUCCCGCGGGACGAAACGCCGGCGACGGAAACCGCCACCGUGGACGCGCAGAAACCCUCGGAGGACAUCAACAACAAUCGACCGAUGGUGGAGGUCGGGGGUAAGGGAUUCGUGGCCGAAAGCAAACCACUGGCGGAGGUCCUUCCCGAGAGCUGCGCGGUUGGGUCGGGGGAUGAGGAUGAGGAGGAUGCCCUGGAGACCUCCGGCAUCCGGCAGCGGAUAGUCGUCCCGACGGAGCACGCCAGCUCCGAUAGCCGAACGACACCGCAGAUCAUCGUGGAACUAGCAAGCGGUUGA